UUUGUUCUUACAGUGCUUCAUUAGGCUCGAUCAGAUCGAAAAUGAAAAUUGCCUCAGCUCUAUAUUGCUUUUUUGCCCUGUUGAUGAUGUCGGCAACAGAGCGAACAGCAUUGGAACAGCAGAUAGAGUUCAGAAAUCGCAUUUGCUCAGCGCAUCCUCAAUAUGGCAAAUGCAACGGACAUCGACGGUUGUGGUAUUAUAAUCCCACUUACAAGCAUUGUCAAACAUUUAUUCACUCCAACUGCGGCGGCAAUGGCAACAGGUUCUUCUCUAGAGAGCAGUGCCUUAAAUUUUGCGUACUCCCUAAACUCAACUAGAGGAAAAGAUAUAGGAGUGUGUUGAGAAUACGAUGAAUUCUGUUAAAUUUAAAUAUUAUUGAAAAUUAAAACUAGAGUGUAGAUCGAUAUUCUGAAGAAAGUC